UCGGUUGAAGUCCAGCACGGUGUUAAUAUUUGGUCUUUCUGCUAUCAACGUCGAAGUCGCUAAGAACAUUCUCCUGGCGGGCGCCAAUAUUACGCUUGUUGACGACCGUGUUGUUACUGAAGAAGUUCGGACGUGGAAUUUCCUCAUCCCGAAAGGUAGGUCAAUUUUUCCG